AACGAAGAGUCGAUUGCAUCAAAAGAGUAAUGUGAGAACAACUGUGAUGGGUAGAUGAGGUCUGAAUAAGCAUCGUCAUGUGAUUGGCCGAUCGGCGCCAGGUCGCGCCCGCGCCGCCCGUACAUGACGAAACUUAUCGAGAUUUGGCUCUAUAAUCAACUUUAUGUCAAGCUUCAACAUCAACAAUUCAUCCUAACUUUUAGUAGCCAGACUCUUAUCACAAUGGCACCUUCAAGAGCUCUCCUUCGCUGCGUAGCAACCGUUCGAACUCGCCCAAGUCCGCACCGUCUCCUUACCACAUUUUCUGCAAGGAACCAAUACAUUCGCCCCGCAACCAUAUUACAUACUGCCCAUUCAGCGGCUCCAUUGCGGACAUCAACUCAAUUGCACCUCCGACGAGCAUAUUCACAGUCGCAGCCCGAACCACAGUCCGAACCACAAAGCAAUACACUCGAGCCUCCCGACUACCUCUCCGAAGGAGAACUACACAUAUUCAAUAAGAUAAAGGCAGAGCUGGAGCCGGUGAAAUUAGAGGUCCAGGAUGUGAGUGGGGGAUGCGGCUCUAUGUACGCACUGGAAAUAGAGUCCCCCAAGUUUAAGGGCUUGACAGUAAUCAAGCAGCACAAGCUCGUGAACUCAAUACUGGCCGAGGAAAUCAAGAGUUGGCAUGGGGUGCAGCUGCGGACAAGAGCUGUAUGAUGAUCAUGAAACCUUAAUGACUGCCUGGCUAAGGCAUCGUAUGUUGCAUGUGUUGCAUUGAAGAGACGAAAUAUUGACUGCUUUGUUUGCGGCUUGUAUUAUUAUCAUUUGUAUCAACUACCUAUUUUUGGGGCAGGCAAUUGUAUAUCAUCAUACAUACAGUAUCGCGAAGCGAACCAUUUAUGAAUCUAGAG